ACAAUCGAAAUAAAAAAAACUGUGAAUGUGUGAAUGUUGUUUAAUGUUUACUGGUUAUUUAUACUAAAUAUAGAAAUAGUAACUUAAUACCGGUAUUGACUAUUGUUUUUUGUGUUUGUACAACAAUUGAAGAGUACAACAUUGGAAGAAAAGAGUGUUUAUCGGCGGAAGUGUCAUUUUUUUGGGAAAUUAGUUUUGCUAGUGUUUUUGUAAGGAGAAAUUUGUUGAAGGGAAAUAAAUUUUGAGGUUAGAUUGCAGUGAAGUAACAAGAACGGUUAUCUAAAGGGGGUUUUCUUUUUUGUUUCUUUUUCUCGUGUUUAAAUUUUUUUAGUGCGUUAAAGAAAAAAUGUCAACGAAGUCAAUAACAACGCGAAGGGUUCGUCGUCGCCGGUGUAAAUUCAUAGGUGGGUGGCUUUUAAAUCGACAAUUCAAGCGAUGGUUAACUCCAGUUCGAGGUGAUAAUCACAAGGCAUAUUGCGCACUGUGCGAGAAGAUUUUCUCUGUUGCUCAUGGUGGCCUCCACGAUGUUCGCGCGCACUUUAAAGGAAAGAGGCACAUUUCUUUUGAAGUUGCGAAUAGCCAAUCACAACGUGCACAACGGCUCGCACGAUUGGCGGACUCAGGAUCGCGGAAUCAGUGUACAACGCAUUCAUCCUAUAGGAAUCGACGAUUGCUGCUCGGACGAGUUGAACCAGAUGAUGUUGAAUAUUGUGAACAGGAAAAUAAAUUGGUCGUGAAGAGGAGAAUUAUCGUGAAGAAGGUGAGGGAGGGCAGGAGUCAGGGUGUUGGAAGUUCUUCUUGUGAAAAGAAAGAGGACACCGAAAAACUUGAGGCUGAGGAAGGUGAAGAUUUCGAGGACUCGGAUAAAUUCGAGUUCGAGCAGCAGUCCUUCGAAGACGACGACGUCGACGAGGACUCUGCUAACGGUGAAGACGAAGAGGAGAAUACAGCAGACUUCAACAUCACUCAAGGCGGAGGAGAGGCACUGAUAGUGCCAAAUUUACGUAUGUUGCAACAACGGAACGGUUCAACAUCGGCGGCACCACCCGCUGCACCCAUCAUGUUCCCCCAGCAAUAUUGCCUAAGAUGGAAGUACCACCACAGCAACUUGCAAACCAUGUUCUCACAUCUACUUGAGAGGCAAUCGUAUUGCGAUAUCACGCUCGCUUGCGAGGGCAAGACACUGAGAGCACACAAGGUUGUAUUGUCGGCGUGUAGUACGUACUUCGACACAAUUCUAUCACAGUACGAGGAAAAGGAUCCAAUAGUGAUCAUGCGUGACGUGAAAUUUUCCGAUAUUAAAGUAUUGGUGGAGUUCAUGUAUAAGGGAGAGAUCAAUAUCGACCAUACGAGGCUCUCAUCUCUAUUAAAGACUGCAGAAGAUUUGCACAUUAAAGGAUUAGCCGAAGUCAGCUGGCGAAGUGACUCAGCACAGAAUGAUAUAGCAAAUAGUGGUCACAGUCCAGCGUCAGCCACCCCUGGAGUGGAAACCGUCCUCAGGGAAGGAGAUGGGGAUGAUCAACCUAUGCCAAAACAGAGGCGUAGGGGUCGUCCACCUCUUGAUGAUCCACCAUCGGCGCAUGAUGUUUUCACGCCGAAAAUCACUUGUAUCACCGGAAAUGAGGAAAUGAUGAGCGAGGGAGGUGACCAUGAAAGUUGGGAUGAUGACAUGAUGGCAACGAACGAAAAUAACGACCCUUCUCUUUCAAUGCUCUCGUACAUGUCAAAAGAGGAAGGAAACGACUUGGAGAAGAAAGCCCCCAGUACACCUUCGGCUUUAAACGCCUCGAAUCCAGCGAUACCUGAACAAUUUCGGGAUGUUAUCAAAAUGAACGAUUAUUUAACGACGGGUCGACGUCAGGAGUUCUGGGAGGAACCUUUCACGCGACGCGUUAUGGACGCCAUAAAAAGCAAGGAACUGGAAAUGAAGACUGCAGCUGAAAUACUCGGAGUUUCUUAUGGAACUCUUUACGGGAGAUACCGUGACAGUUAUGGAUGCCUUAAACACCCAUACAGUUAUAAUCAUUGCAGAGUGAGAGAUUUUUGGUCAGAGCCGGGUCCAGCGGAAGUGCUCGCCAAAUUGCGAAGAAAAGAAAUUACACUUUUCAGAGCGGCUGAGUUCCUGAAUGUAACCGUCCACACAUUAGCCACAUACCUCUCAACGCUACAGGGUCCCGAUCGAAUAUCGUUAGCGGGCGAUUUAAGCGUCUCGGCAAGCAAUAUGGAUGGUAACAGUGAACUUGAUAACAAUGAUUCAGUGAAUGAUAUACUGCAAAAAAUAAACGCGAAUGUGAAUGCAAACGCGACAACAGUGACAACUGCCACGACGUCAACACCAAUAAAAAGGGAGGGCGGCGGUUAUAUUGAUGUACCAAAUGUUGUGCCGAAAGCAGCGACGUCCGUUCUUGAGAACAAUCCCGACAUAACGAUAGUCAAAACGGAGAAUAUGUCGCGAAAACGUGAAUACGCAAAGGUAUCGAGUACAGAGAACAAUAACGCAAAAUUAUUAAGUGGCGGCGCCGUUAGUGAAAUGACGCCACAGCAACAGCAACAACAACAGCAGCAACAACAACAACAGCAGCAACAACAACAAAAACUUUCUGAGCAAUUGUCACUAAAUAAUGACAUCAGUAAGCCCUAACUAUUCAGGCCAUAUCUAACCCCGGCAAGCCUCCGAAUACCGUAUCCCGGAUACAGAUCUGAAUUGUGUCCGCGCCGAUUUUAUUCCAAUAUCUUCACUCGUUUUCUCACCAAUUUUCAUUUAAAGUAGAAAAAAAAGAGAAUUUUUCUUCUUUUUAUCUCGACAAUUAUUGUAAAUUUCACGACGGAAAUGUUUCAACAAUUUGCUAAAACAUUUUCCUCGUAUUUUAAUUUUCAUACGACGUAAUCGAAAGGACAAAUUCCAUAAUAAUUAGCGCUUAGGUAUUGAUGUAUUUAUUACUUCAGAAUUCGCUUUAUUUGACGGUAAAGUGACUUGCCCUUCUUAAAAAACAAAAAAAACCACAAUAUUACAAAAGAAAAAAAGAAAAAAAAAAGAAAAACAAAAGUUCAACCGAAGUUCCUUUUGAGAAUAAAUUGUCGUGUAGAGAGAAUAUCGCGAAGUAAAGAAAAAAACUUAGAAUAUUUUCCUGCCGCAAAAUGUAUGUGUGUCUGAAACGUGUAAGAAAAACGAGCGACAAUAUCUUUCACUGUAUAGGCGCGAUCAUAACAAUUCUGAGUUGACCGUUUUUGACCUAGUUAAUUUCUUUUUUUUUUAUUAUUUAGAAUCUUAAUACUGGAAUAAAAUACGUAUAUAGGUUUUUAUCUACAGGGACUGGUCUUAAUUUCAAAAGUUCUCGAUUUAGGGACAAGUCUUUAUACAAAAUGAGGGAAACAUUGAAAAACGAA